ACACUCCUCAUCACGCCAACCCCGGUGCUUUUUGACCUGACCUGCCAUCUCGACGUCAGUCUUCCAUCACCCUCGUCCUAUUUGUAUAAACGAAAACCCCCUUGCCAUCGACUAUUGUGGUUCCCGUUGGUCCGGGUUCAACACAUCCCACAAAAAAAGAAACUACAUCUACCGGUGGAACAUUACGCUUGGGCAAAAGAGGCAAUCUCUUUCCCUGCCCUAGAAUCAACAGAAGACUGCUUCGUCGCACCUUUAAUAUCCGUCCUCGAACCCCCCCCUGGCAAAACCCAGAAGGCAAGGUUCCAACGUUCUGCACACAAAACACUUUCCCAUCGCUUCUAUUAUUACCAAGCGAGAGCUCCAUCGAGCUGCUAUUCCUAUCAUCGCCAACGAUUGACCCUUGCGAUCUCGAUCCUAUCUCUACUUUCAACCAUUGUUCUUUUCUUCAUCACCUGCUGCGCGGAGUGGAAACCGAUUUAUUUUUUCUUUUGUGUGUCCGAUGGUUUCGUCACAGUUGGGAACAAGAGCAAUACCUCGAUCAUAUCGCUGCAGCCGCUGAGAGAGAGAGAACAACGUCGGAAGCAAAGCAACAACUCGCCAAACCUCAAACCUACAACAUACCUUUAGUACACACAGUACUUUCACACAUUCACGAUGGACAUGGACUUUGAGAGCUAUCACCACAACUACGCUUUUACUCUGCAAAAGUAUCUGCGUCUGCAGCAGCAGCACGAGCAGCUCUGCAGCAACCUCGAGCAAAUCCGCCCGCAAACCGCCUCGACCGGCACCCUUUCCACCAUCUCGUCGCCCAGCACAUCGCCCGUCCGCUCCUCCAUCUUGACCUCAUCACGGCGUCACUCGCGAUCCAGCGGCCCGCGCCGUGGUUCGAGACAGCCACGCCAGAACGGCUGGGAGGAACAGCUCGAUACCAUCCUCGACGAAGAGACCAUCUACCAGAUUUCCGCCGAGGAACAACGACUGUUUGACGUCAACGAGAGCAUCAAGCGGGCCUUGACGGAGCUGCUUAACUGCGAAGCCGUCCGCAAUGACAUGACGACGCGCAUGUGGGCUCAGGCCCGACUGAUGGAGACGGAGAAGGAACUUCGGUCGGGGCGGCGGAGGCGAAGCUCC